CCUCUCCACUUUCCUCGAUCGAAUUCGUAUUUAUACGAUUCCACUUCUUCAGCCAUCGCCACUGAUCAUCUGCUCGAUCUCUUCUUCUCUUCUCUCGAAGAUAGUUAACAAUGGGGAAGGACACGGAAGCAGCGGCGGGAGACUACGGCGCCAAGGACUAUACUGACCCUCCGCCGGAGCCCCUGGUCGACGCCGAGGAGCUGGGGAAAUGGUCCUUGUACCGCGCCGUCAUCGCCGAGUUCGUCGCCACCCUGCUGUUCCUGUACGUGACUGUCGCCACCGUCAUCGGCUACAAGCACCAGUCGGACAGCACCGUCAACGGCGCCGACGCCGCCUGCGGCGGCGUCGGCAUCCUCGGCAUCGCGUGGGCCUUCGGAGGCAUGAUCUUCAUCCUGGUAUACUGCACCGCCGGCAUCUCCGGCGGCCACAUCAAUCCGGCGGUGACGUUCGGGCUGUUCCUGGCGCGGAAGGUGACCCUCGUCCGCGCGCUGCUCUACAUGAUCGCGCAGUGCCUGGGGGCCAUCUGCGGCGUGGGGCUCGUCAAGGGCUUCCAAAGGGCCUUCUUCGUCCGCUACGGCGGCGGCGCCAACGAGCUCAGCGGCGGCUACUCCAAGGGCACUGGCCUCGGCGCCGAGAUCAUCGGCACGUUCGUCCUCGUCUACACCGUCUUCGCCGCCACCGACCCCAAGCGCAACGCCCGCGACUCUCACGUCCCGGUUCUGGCGCCGUUGCCGAUUGGGUUUGCAGUUUUCAUGGUGCAUCUGGCCACAAUUCCCGUCACCGGAACUGGGAUCAAUCCGGCGAGGAGCUUCGGAGCUGCUGUCAUCUACAACAACGACAAGGCCUGGGAUGACCAGUGGAUCUUCUGGGUGGGGCCUUUCAUCGGUGCCGCCAUCGCAGCCGGCUACCACCAGUACAUUCUGAGAGCAGGAGCUGUCAAGGCUUUGGGUUCCUUCAGGAGCAGUUGAUGAUCAAUUAGGGCAUGGUAAGGAGAAUAAUUAAUGAUCAGUACUCAGUGGCAAUUGUAGAUUAAAAAAGGCCAGUGUGAUCAGAGGGAUUGCUUAACUAGUGCCCUCCCUUCUCUUGUUGUGGUUGAUGGUGAUUGUAUCUUAUGCCUCAGGUGUAUUAUAAUAUCUUUCUGGCUCUGCUUAAUUAAGCUUUUUAUAAUUCUUAACUUGGUAAA